UUCUUGGCGCGCUGGCUGGGAAAGUGCGUGGUCGACCGACUUUCGCCUCGCCUUUCGCGCGUUGGAGCUUCAGCGCCAGAACCAGGCGAGCGGCAGGCACAGAAACCAAGAUGAGGAAGGCGGGAGGAGGACAUCCCUCGAAGUUUGCACGAAAGGCUUCUCUCAGUCUUUGGACAUGCUGGACGUUGGCAUUGAGGUGGGAGAGGGGGCGUGUGUUGUGUAGUGUCCUUGCGUGUCGUCUUUGGUUUUUCUCUUUGGGAAUCACUGCGUCGGAGAUGGGGGAGUGGUCUGCUGGUGUCGCUGUAGGACUGUGUAGACGUGUGCUUUCUCUUGCACCUGGCUGGCACAACUCGGGUGAGACGUUUGUGCUUUCUUUCUCUCAUUCUCUUCUCCGUUCACCAGUCCUCCCCUCGUUUCCUUCUCGAGCACCCUUGCCAUCGACAAGCAGGCCAGCGUAUCGAUCGACGUCAUAGCGUCCGACCCAACGCAGCCCAGCCCAGGCAGCUCCCCUUGUCAAGCAGCCAAGUCUUUCCACGCCCCUCUGCUCUUCUUUCCAGACCAUUUUCCCACAGUCGCACACGACCACAAAACACCAUCAGCCUGCACGCUGCACAGAGCUGCGACUCAUACAGAGCGACUCACACAGGGCAGAACCAGUACAACACACAAACACACAGACACACAGACACACACACACACACACACACAGAGCAGCCAACCAACCAUGAACACAACGGUUAUGGCCAACACGACCAUGUUCCCGACCUUCAACGGGACCAAUGUCACCACCAGUGCAACAACAAACAUGACGAGCACCAGCGUGUUGACCUCCUCCCCGACCUCGACAUGGACGACGGGCCCCUUCACCACGCAGACGCCGGCGCCAACGCCGAUUCCAGGCAGCCUGGACACCCCGUGGUACUUCAGCGACGUGCUGGACCUGCCUGCCCUCAUCUUGUACGGCAUCGUCGGCGCUAACCUCGUGCUCAGCUUCACGGCGUGGUUCGUCCUGAAGUGCUGCUUGCAUCGCCCGCGCUCGGCGCGUCGCGUGCGCUUCGUUGCGCCCAUUGUGCAUUUCCUCGUCUUCUUCCUGUUUGAGUUUGUGGUUCUCUGUGCUCGACUUCACGCCUGGACAACCAACGAUAACGAGUACACGCCGUCGUGGACGGCGGAGGGCGAGAUGGUGUUCCCCGGUCCGGCGUUUAGCUCAAGCCUCAGUCCCGAUUUCCUGCGCGAGGUUGGCUGCGGCGACUUCAUCUUGACCAAUGGCACAACGAGCACACUGGAGCCGGUUGGCCCCAGCGAGUGCAGCUUGGGCAUCCGGAUCGGAGCAAAGCUGUCGCCAGGCACGGUGGCCACCAUCAGCCUGGUCCUCGGCUUGAUGGGGUUCGUCCUGCUGGAGAUGUUUGUGCUCCUGCUGGAGAUGGAACUGGAGCGCCUCAAGCUGAAAACCUUGCUGUCGCCAGGCACGGUGGCCACCAUCAGCCUGGUCCUCGGCUUGAUGGGGUUCGUCCUGCUGGAGAUGUUUGUGCUCCUGCUGGAGAUGGAACUGGAGCGCCUCAAGCUGAAAACCUUGGUGAUGUUGCCCUCGCUCAAGGCCGCGCUGAAACGGGACAUUUCCGUCGAUGACUUCAACAACUCCCGGGAUGAGGACUUUGAGGAGGAGGAGCAGGAGGGCUGGUGCAACUGGUUGAAAGGCUUUAUGGUCAAGCUGCUGUACAGCGUGGUGUUCCUCGUCAUCGCCAGCCAGCAGGCCCUGGUCCUGUUUCCGCUCACCAACGCCGACUUCAACGACUACUGCAUCAACCUGGGCAAACCACCAGGCAUCUCUGUUCGCGACCUCGUCUGCUACCACAAGUACAGCCUCUCCGGUAUCCCCAUUGGCCUACCCAUGCUCCUUGGCGGGCGUCUUCUGUUGAAACUGGCCAACUCCUGUGACGAAGACGAGACCGACAUCGAAAGCGUCGACGGCGUCAUCAACCUGGUCCGCCUCGCCAUGUACAUCGCUGGCGCCAUCCUGGUCGUGAUUGGUGGUAUUCUGUUUGGGGUUUGGCUCAUUGGCGGCUUCAUCAUCGGCCCUUGGGUCCACUACACGUCCUGGGCCCAGAACCGCCUCCUGUUGCUUGCGGAGGCCCUCGCACCAGCACUCUUCACCCUCAUCACUUUUGUCCCAGAAUGCUUGUCAGACUGAUAGUCUGUGUGUGUGUGU